AUGAAGGAGCGGGCGCCGUUUGUAGUGUACGCCGACCUGGAGUGCGUCUUGCGAAAGACGGAAGACGCCGCAACACCGACAUCGUCGUACGCGUACCAGCAGCACGAAGUAUUUAGUACAGGGUACUACGUGCGGUGCUCGUAUGACGACACGUUAUCGGCGUAUCGGUUUCGUCGCGAUAACGACUGCGUCAGCUGGUUCGCGCGCCAGCUCGAGGACUUGGCGCACCGCGCGAAAGCUAUAAUAACCGCUAACCAGCCUAUGGAUUUCACGCGAGACGACUGGCAGAAAUUCAACAGUGCAACGCACUGUCACAUCUGUGAGAGGCCGUUCGCGCCGGGCGACGAGCGGGCACGCGACCACUGCCACCUCACCGGGCGAUACCGCGGCCCAGCGCAUAAAGGAUGCAACGUAAAUUAUAAGGACUCUCUCUACAUACCGAUUGUAUUUCACAACCUAUCGGGAUACGACGCGCACUUCGUUAUAAAAGAAAUCGCUACAAAAUUCAAGGGGCAAGUAGAUCUACUUCCUCUGACUAAAGAAAAAUACAUUUCGUUCACUAAAUAUGUUGACAGCACUAAAGAAAAAGAUGAAAAUAAUAUUAAGAAAAAUGGUAUUAAAUUGCGAUUCAUUGAUUCUUAUAAAUUUUUGAGUUCGAGUCUAGAUAAAUUAGCGUUUUAUCUCGAUAAGGAUAAAUUAAAAAUUGUGAGAUCCGAAUUUUCGAGUCUGUCGGACGAAGAUUUCAAUCUGCUUAUUCGUAAAGGAGUAUUUCCUUACGAGUACGUAGAUUGCGUCGAAAAACUGAAUGAUACACGCUUACCGCCGCGGAAAUCGUUUCACAGCUCGCUGACGGGUGAUACAGUGUCCGAGAGCGAUUACGCGCACGCCGUGAACGUAUGGAAGCGGUUCUCCGUGCGAACCCUCGGCGAGUACAGCGAUCUGUACUUGAAAACCGACGUAUUGUUAUUGACCGACGUUUUCGAAAAUUUUCGCGAAAGUUGCGUCGCGAGUUACGGUCUCGAUCCCGCGCAUUACUACACAUUGCCCGGUUUCACGUGGGACGCUAUGCUGAAACACACGCGCGUGAAAUUCGAGUUGCUCACCGAUAUAGAUAUGGUGAUGUUUAUCGAGCGCGGUAUGCGCGGUGGCCUAAGUCAAUUUUCCGGCAGAUACGCAAAGGCCAAUAACAAGUACAUGCAGUCGUACGACUCGUCGGAACCGUCGUCGUAUUUAAUGUACUACGACGUUAACAACCUGUACGGAUGGGCGAUGUGCCAACCGCUGCCAUACGCAGAUUUUCGAUGGGUCAAAGACGCCGCGAACUUCGACGCGAACGCGAUCGCUCCGGAUUCGCCCACCUGGUACAUUCUCGAGGUAGAUCUCGAGUAUCCACAACAUCUUCACGACGCGCACGCUGACCUACCGUUCUGCCCGACGCGCGAUAAGCCGCUCGGCAAGCGCGAGAAUAAACUGCUCGCGUCUCUGUACUAUAAACAGCGUUACGUCAUUCAUUACCGUAACCUUCAGCAAUGCAUACAUCACGGCCUUCGCGUAACGAAGAUCCAUCGCGUGUUACGAUUCGCUCAAUCAGCCUGGCUCCGUGAUUACAUCGAAUUGAACACGCAAUUCAGAACGCGCGCGAAAAACGAUUUUGAAAAAAAUUUAUACAAAUUGAUGAACAACGCGGUAUUCGGCAAAACGAUGGAGAACGUGCGCGAUCGCGUCGACGUUAAAUUAGUCACUACAUGGGACGGGCGGUACGGCGCGGAGACAUUGAUCGCGAAACCGAAUUUCCACAGCCGCAGCGUCUUUGCGGAAAAUUUAAUCGCCGUUGAAUUGCGCAAACUCGAGGUGAAGUUCAACAAGCCGAUUUACGUAGGUAUGUGUAUAGUCGACAUAUCAAAAGUCUGCUUGUACGAAUUCCACCACGAGUACAUGGUACCUAUGUUUAAGGAAAAAUGUAAAAUUAUGUACACCGACACGGACAGUCUCAUAUAUCGCGUCGAAUGCGACGACGUGUACGCGGCGAUGAAACGCGAUAUCGCUAGAUUCGAUACGAGCGACUAUCAGGCGGACAACGCGUACGGUAUGCCUCUCGCGAACAAGAAGGUGCCCGGUCUUAUGAAGGACGAAAACAACGGCGCGAUAAUGACCGAGUUCGUUGGACUCAGAGCGAAGAUGUACGCGUUGCGCGUGGACGGAAAGAGAGACACGAAGAAGGCAAAGGGUGUAAAGAGCAGCGUCGUAGCGCGAACGAUAACAUUCGACGAUUACACCCGGUGCUUGAACCAAGAGAUGGAAAUGACGCGUAGACAGUCGUGUAUACGAUCGAAGUUACACCAAGUGUACACGGUGUCGGAAUCGAUACCGUAG